AUGAGUAUUGAUCUAUCCUUUAAGAACCUCGAAAUAUUAGAUUAGUCCUUAAAUCUAAAUAAUUACGUAAUUACUUAUCCUAUUCGCUUAAAGACAAUUAUAAAUUUAUAAGGCAAUAAUUUCAAGGGCGAGCAAUCCUACAUCCAAUAACUCAAGGUUUAGCAUCUCAACUUGUCAUUCAAUAACAUUGAACAAAUGUGGUUAUUACCUUCGUCUCUAAUAACAUUGGAAAUCAACAAUAAUUUGCUCUAAAAUUUAUCAAGUAUUGAAAUCAUAGCAUAAUUAUUAGAUAUCUCUCAUCUCAAAAAUUUGAAGUUGAUUGAUUUAUCUAACAAUUUAUUAUAGAGUGUUCAUUGGUUUAGUAAUUUGACCCAAUUAACUCAUCUAUUUCUGAAGAAUAACAAAGUAAGAUAUAUAAGGAUAUUGUAGAUUAAAACAAUUGAAUAACUUAGGAACUUGCCCUAGUUAAUUGAGGUGGAUUUGGAGUGCAAUGACUUGAAAAAUGUAGCUGAAGUACAUUAUUUAGAAACUUAAUCCAAAAUCAAUAUCAUAAAUUUGUUUGGAAAUCCAGUGUUCGAAGGAUUACAAUUAAAAAUAUUAAAUGUUGUUGAGAAAAAUUGCCAUUGUAGAUCAGAACAAAUAUAUACCCAAUCAGAAAUAUACAAAAAGAGAAAUUAAUAGAUUGAUGACAUUGAUUUGUUUGAUGAAUAGGCCAGUGAAAAGUAAUCUGACCUUUAACCUUAAACAAUGACAUAAAAAAAAUAUACUAAGUCUCUCUCUCCUUUGAAUAAGCAAUUACCAUAAUUUUAUGAUCCCAAAUCUAGCAAAUACGUUACUUUCCAUGAUGUCUUAAGAUAAAAGUAACGCAACAUCACUAAUACAAACUAUGAUGUAAAAUAAUAAAAUGUGACUACUACAAAUACUAAUAUGACCAUUAAUAACAGGUAAACUAUGGAUUAACUAAAGUAACAAAAUGAAAACUUAAAGAAAGAUUAUAUGAAAUUAAAAUAAAAGUUUGAAUAAUCUUAGAAAUAAAACUAAAGCUUUUUUCAAGAAAUCGAGAGUUACAAAGAAUCGUUGAAUGGAUUAUUAUUAUAAUUCAAUAUUCCUAUUUAAGAAGAUGAAGCUUCAGUCAGAUCUUUGUUAGAUUAAUUGGAAAUUGCAUUGAUGACUUUCAUCAAAGAGACUAGAAAACAAAGUAUAGAAUAAAUCAAUAGCAUGAUGAUGCGAAUGGGAAAUAAAGUCAAGGUGAUGAGCAGUCAAAUUGAAAUUACGACCUUAAAAAAAUGUUGUGAAUAUACUGAAAAGAUUAAGAAUAUAGAAUUGGCAUUGUCUAAACUUGCAGAUGUGGUUGUAGAAUAGUAAUACUUAUAAUAAUAAUUAUUAGAAAACAAUAAAUAAUAAAACUUCAAAGGCAAAGAGUUCAUUCACCUUUACAAAGGCAAUGCUUGA